AUGUUUUUAUAUUUUGAAUACUUUUGUAGUAAAGAUUAUCAAGAACUGAAUGACAUACGUUUAGCAGAAUUAGAAAAAUUAUAUAAAACAAAAUUAGAUACAAUACGAAAUGAAAUUACAAAACGUGAUGAACAACAAGAAUUACCGAAACGAGAUGAAAUUCGUAUAGCUUUAGAUUCAACGAAACAAGAAUAUCGAACAUUAAUGGAACAAAAUCAAUUACUUAAAGAUAAAUUAGAACAACUUGAAAAUGAUCUUCGUAAUAUAAUUGAACAAAAUCAUCAAAAUUAUGAAAUAUCCGAUCGAGAAUAUAAAAAAUUACAAAUUGAAAUAUCAGAAUUAGAUUGUAUUAUUGUACAUUUACGUGAAAAUGCAGUUAGUCUUUGGUCAGAAAUCAAUACAUAUCGAUAUUUAUUACUUAAUUUACUUACACCAACACAUGAUAAAUCUCAUCAACAAUUUCAAAAAUUAUCUCGUUCUUCUUCUUCUCCUCCACCCGAAUUAAACAGUAAUAAAAUAAAACCAACUGAAAAAUAUACAACAUCAACUAUAAUUGAAAAUCAUAUUCAAGAAACAAAAAAUUCAAUAUCAACAAUUCAACCAACCAUUAAAAAAGUAACAAAAACAAAAUCAUAUCCACAACAAUAUCGUGAUGAAACGACCGGUUUCAUUGUACAUAUUGAAGAUGGAAUUAUUUGGGUGCGAAUUUAA